AUGAUUAGGAGGGGUGUUCCUACUCGUGGUCGAACUCGUCAAGUUAGGUUGUCGAUAAAUGUGUCGCCUAUUCAGAACAUAGUUGUGAAUGCUUAUGUGCUGUGUGAUUCAGAUACUUGGUUUCAAGAUGGUUAUCUACAACUUAAUGGGAGUGAUGUGCCAAUUGAUUUAAUUCGACUAGAUAUGCAGGAUUUUGAUGUGAUAUUAGGAUUGGACUGGAGCGGAAUGUUGGUGUCGAAAGUGUCAUUGAAAGUAAUUUAUGCAUUGAAGGCUAAGAAAGAAUUGAGAAAAGGGUGUAGCGGUUUCUUGACUUAUGUGGAUACCCACCCGAAAGAAGUUGAGUUAGAUGAUAUCCCAAUUGUUAAGGAAUUUUCGGAUGUGUUCCUAGAGCAUUUAAUUGGAUUACCUCCAAAUAGAGAAAUUGAGUUUAAAAUAGAGGUUCCCGGAACUACUCCAAUCUCAAAGGCCCCUUAUUGCAUGUCACCGUCUGAGCUACGUUAG